GCCAUGUGACUCGGUUCGCGAGGCCGAGGCCACCGCACUGCACCGCUCAGCAACAGCAAACAACGAGAAGAGCAGCCGCGAGAGAGGCACGCGGCUCGAAGACAAUGUCUCCGUUGUUAGCUUCCAUCUUUUUGCUUGGCCUGUGCCUUGCCAACGCCCUCAACUUCACAACCGUCUACGAGUGGGAUAAAUUUGAUUUCAUCUGGCCAUCAGGAGCGGACACUUCAAAUCGACAGAGAAAUUUUAAUGAGGAAAAUGUUUAUCUUCGAUACAUGGCUGUUUUUGGAGAAAGGCUCUUUCUAAGCCUUAGUAUGGAUUCCGGAAUUCCCGCCAAUUUGGUGUGGCUGCCAACGAGCGGAACUUCAGCUGCACCUCCAAAGCUUGCUCCUUUUCCAUCCUGGAAUAUGCAAAAACAAGACUACUGCGACACUAUUCAGUUGGCCAAAGGUAUCGAAGUGGACCCUGAAGGUCGGUUGUGGGUGCUUGAUGACGGUAGAGGCAGUUGUUCAAGCAAACUUUGGAUAUUCAACCUGCUAAACAACGACACAACCGAGCGCGUUCACCAAUUCCCGCGCAAAGUCGUCUCUUCUUCAUUUGAUAAAAGGUGGCUGCAUGAUAUCGUGCUCGACAAAACUCAAGACGAUCAGCUUGCCUACAUCGUGAACCUAAAAUCUGAAGACAUCGUAGUUUACAGCCGAACGAUGGACAAAUCCUGGUUGGUUAAAGCACCAGGGGGAGAUUGGUUUUCCUUGGCACUCUCUCCUGACAGGGAAGCGAGACAGUUGUACCUUAUAAAAUAUAGUUCUAAUGGACUUUAUUCGGUGCCCGUGUCUGAGCUGAAGAAUGAAGGCGGAAUCGCCGAUGUGAAAUUCAUCGGCGGAUGGAGUGAUCGACCUUACAGAAUGUUAUUCGACAGCGCUAACAUCUUGUAUGCCGCCUUUUACGAACAGAGUUACGCCUCCAAAUGGAAUGUUUCGAAGCCCUUUCAUGAACAGCGAUUUCAUGAGGUUGGAACACACGAUGAUUUUUGGCCAUUUACUUUUGCUUUGGACACAAACGGCAGCUUAUGGAUGACGGAGCGAAAUGAAACUGGGGGUGUGAAAAAGCAUAAACUGCUCAAGGCAGCUGUCGGCGCUAAACCGUAUUUAUUCGGCACGCCCACAGGCAAGUAAAAUCCUAAAGGGUGCCCUUUUCACUUUUCUUUGCCUCAUAAAAUUUAUAUAAAUAUGUUAUGAGCUUUAAAAAAUCAUAUACUAAUUUUCAGUCCUACACAAAUAUAUAUUAAUAAACUGUUUUGAA